GUACUGGGAGCUGCGAGCUGCUGGGACGAUGAGAGGUUAGAGAGGUGUGGCAAGUUUACGGGAAAGUAUUUUCAAAGUUCAUAAACAAACAUUUUAAACGCGGAUCUUCGAUUUCAGUACGAGGAAUACUGAACGAUCAACAUGUCCGUCGAUAAACAAGAAUAUCACCGCGCAUCGAACGCGGUAGUGUUUGGGGGAGUAAUUACAUACAUUGCAGGAUUGCUGCUGGUCAUGGCAUUUACCAGUCCCUACUGGAUCGAAUCUUAUCAAGAAACUUUUAGUAAUUUCAAGCAUAUGGGACUUUGGGAAUAUUGUUUCGAGAACUUUAGAUAUCCAUACUAUCAAUUUGACAAGCAGUUCAAUGGAUGCCAUCACAUUUUCUCAGAAGAAUACUACGUGAUCAGGGAAUGGUUGCUACCAGGAUGGUUAAUGGUAGUGCAAACAUUUGUCACGAUAGCUCUUUUACUCUCAUUCUCCGCACAAGUCUUAAUUGCAUUGACUUUAAUUCGUUGGCCUUUGAAAUUUGUGUUGAACAACGAGUGGCACCUCUCGUCAGUCGCUUGUUUGUGUUGCGGUGUAGCAGGGACUCAAUUGUUUUUCGCGGUGUCUAUAUUCGGAGGCCAAUGUUGGCGCAGAGAUUGGAUGAUGUAUCCGAACUUCAAUCAUUUAUCAUGGUCAUACGGUUUGGCUGUUAUCUCGUUCAUGUUUCACUGGUUGGCUGCAUUUUUCUUGUACUUGGAUGCCAGGGCUGGAUAUAGGAUGCGCAAGGAGUCUCGGAAUUUGGUGAUGCAAAUGCAGCCGCCUAGUAUACACAGCCACCAAGGGCUGUCAAGAGCGGGAUACAUCUGAUUCGUCGCGUCACACUCGUAGUUCUCGAAGAUGAGUUAAACGCAGGAGGAUGUUUAGUAUUAACAACGAACAUAAAGUUUAUAGAUCUGCUUUCGAGGUCGUUCAAUUGAAUUCUGACCGAUACUAUUUUAACUCCGUCCAUUUUUUGAGAAGCAUUUUUAUAUUUCCGUAUUAUAAUUAAAAAAGUAUUUUAUAUUUAUACGAUCACGAAAUUCGUAUUCGAAGAUUAUUUUAAUAAUUACCUGUGUAAUUAUGACUUCGUAUUGUAUAUCAUGUUGUAAAAAUGUGGUCCACACCAUAUGAGAUUAAACUUUUUCAAUAAACUGAUACACGAACGAUA